AUGGCGUACGGAACUAAGCCGGAGAAACUUCUCCGGCGCGAGUACACGUUACACGCAGAAGAUAUCUCAUCGCAGAUGUAUCAACAACAAUCCGAGAUUGAUAGAUUAAUUGCUCAUCACACGGAGAAAGAGAGAUCGGAGAUGGAACAAAUACAGAAGCAAAACACAAUGAGAAUGAUGACAGCUGUAAAUGAAGCUUUAACGAAACGACUGAAAACAAAAGAGGAUGAAUAUCUGAAAAUCGGACGGUUGAACUGGAUGCUAGAGGAAAAAGUGAAAUCUCUGAAUAUAGAGAAUCAAAUCCUGAAAGAAUUGGUUCAAACAAACGAGGCAACAACAAACGCUUUACGUAACAAACUGCAACAGGUGCUAGCACAGGUUCAGCAACAACAACAUCAUCAUUUCGAUUCAGAUGCUCAGUCAUACUGUGGCAGCAAUUACGUGGAGAGUGACUGUGGCGGUGACGGUGGAGGGUGGAGGAGGGUUGGGUGGUAUGGUAUAAAGCAUUAUCAUGCCACAUCAGCGCAACAUAUAUGUCAUGUAGACAGGGCUUUAUAG